CGUUGGCCGUCUGCUUUAAGGACUGGAAGAAGGUAAACGCAAUCGCACUAUCCGAAAACUGUACAUUGGUGGCAUUUGACGUCAGCUAUUUUGCACAUUCCGAAACUUCCAUUUUUGUUCGUGUCUUUCGAUACUAUGUGGAAAACUGAGUUCUACCGCCCUGAGCUGCUAGGAAUAGGUAAAUCUGCCGGCGUUUAUCGAGGAAAGUGUAAUAGUAAAGAUUGCGCAGUAAAAAGAGUUCAACGAGAAAAAGUCAAAGAAUGCGAAGAAAAGAUUAUGGAAAAUUUGAAAGGUCAUCCAAACAUCGUCGAGCUUCUCUACUGUGAACCAGUUGGAGAAUUCGUUCACUACGUAUUGGAAUUGUGUGCCGCCUCAUUAGAAAAGCUGUUCCUGAAACCGGAUGACCCGAAACGAUACAAAGGACCGCCCAUGCCACAUGAUCUCCACAUUUUCCAUCAACUAGCUUUAGGUCUCGAGUACAUCCAUUCGAAGAACUUAAUUCAUCGAGACAUUAAACCGGAAAACAUCCUUAUCUCGGUGCGAGGCGCCGGCCAAGACGCCGAGAUAACAAUCAAGUGGGCAGACUUUGGGCUGUCCAGAGAAGUGAAUAAAGGGGGAAGCUUCUCGACCAACGGUGGAGUCGUAGGAACUGAAGGCUGGGAAGCUCCCGAAAUACUGAGGUCACGAUACGAUGAAAACCAAAAACCUCGAGGUACUGUCAAGAGCGAUAUCUUUGCACUAGGCCUCGUCUUUGGAUAUCUGUUCUUGAAAGGCAAACAUCUUUAUGGUUUGAUUACUGACACGAUGGGCAUCAGAAAAAACAUAAUCGAAAGAAAUCCAAUUCCAAACUUACAUAAAAUUGACGGAGAAUCGCGCAAGUCUUACGCCGAUGACUUACUAGAAAAAAUGCUAGAAGACGAACCCAGAGAAAGGGUGACAUCGACAGAAGUCGUCACACAAUUGAAAAGCAUAAUGGAAAUCAUGGGCUUAUCUUCUUCUGUUCAGCUUGAUGACAACAUCAAAGCCAUAAUUCGUCCCAGUAUCGACGUGAACGCCCAACAAAAAUCAAUCGUCAACCCCGAAAAGGAUUGGAAAUAUAUGCAAGGAUUGGAAAUUCAGUUGGACUGUAGGGCUAAAUUAGGAAUGGGGGGCUUUGGCUCCGUGUUCAAAGGCGAGUUUAGAAGCCGUCCAGUCGCAGUAAAAAGAAUUCCAAUCUAUUACUACUACAAAAGAGAAGAAGAAGCUAUGGUGAUGCUAGAACACCCAAAUGUUGUCGAACUUUUGCAUUGUGAAAGUGAUGACGACUUCAGGUACUUUGCAUUGGAAUUGUGCGACGCUUCACUAGAUCAGCUGUUCCUACAGUCGGAUGAUCCCAGAAAAUACAACGGACCUAUGCCACGUCAAAUCGAAGUUUUUCGCCAAUUAGCUUUAGGUCUCGAAUACAUCCAUUUAAAACAUCUCAUUCACGGAGAUAUUAAACCUCAAAAUGUCCUCAUUAAGCGGAGUUCUAGCCAAAAUGAAGAGACAAUAAUCAAAUGGGCUGAUUUCGGACUGUCUAAACCCGUAAACGAACGGGGGACGUACUCGUUGAGUGGAGUAAGAGGAACAAGAGAUUGGAUUGCACCCGAGCAGCUGAAACUGUUGACAAACGAGCACACGGAAUGUAUGGUUCGAGGCACGGUCAAGAGCGAAGUGUUCUCCCUAGGCCUAGUCUUUGGCUAUCUUUUCUUGAAGGGACAACAUCUCUACGGUUCCAACUCAUUUGAAAUUCAUAACAACGUAAUCGGAGACAAUCCGAUCAACAUUCAAAGAAUUUACGGCAAGGUGCGGGAGUCCUAUGAUGACUUACUAGAAAAUAUGUUACAAAACGAUCCUGACCAAAGGAUAACAUCGACAGAAGUCGUCGAAAAACUAAAGUCAAUAAAUGAAAACGAACAAUCAACUGGACAAUUGCCAAUUCCUUCUAAUCAACUUCCCAAGAACGAAAAAGCGAAGACAAUAAGCAACCAUGGACGGAAUAUCCAUACAUUGUGUCGAUACACGUCAGAUUCAACCUUAAUACCCAAAAUUAAAAGUUGCAUACAAGAGAAACAAGAUUUGACGGAAAAGGACGCAUUUGGAUGGAACGGGCUCCAUUUACUGUGUCGAUACAACUCUGGCGAAUACCUCAUCGACGCACUUAAAAUCUUGAUCGAGUCUGGAAUCGACGUGAAUGUGCCGACUGACGGUGGAUGGAAUGCGCUCCAUUUACUGUGUCGAUACAAUUCAAGCGAAAAGUUAAUCGACGCAAUGACAUUUUUAAUCGGAAAAGAAAUCAACGUGAAAGCGAAGGCCGAAUUCGGAUGGAAUGCGCUCCAUUGUUUGUGUUCUAACGAUUCAAUAACCUCAAGUUUGAACGAAGCAAUGCAACUAUUGAUCGUUUCCGGAAUUGAAGUCAACGCGACGCGGAACAACGGUUGGAACGCGCUCCAUAUUUUGUGUCGGUUCAGAUCAAGCCAAUCUUUAAUGGACGAAAUCCAAGUUUUAGUCCAUUACGGAAUUGACGUGAAGACAACAAACACUCGUGGAUGUAAUGCGCUCCAUUAUUUGUGUUCAUACAAUUCAAGUACAAGCUUAAUCCACGCUCUUCAACGCUUAAUCAAACUCGGAAUCGAUGUUAAAGCAAAAGACAAAUAUGGAUCUAAUGCGCUCAGUUGUUUGUGUCAGAACAGUUCAAGUUCUAACUUGGCUGGCGCAAUUCAAUGCUUGAUAACAAAUGGAAUAGACGUGAACGCAAAGGACAGUGAUGGAUACGUUGCGCUCCAUUAUUUGCGUAAGCUCAAUUCAAGAAAACCGAGCCAACACUUACAGGACGCAAUACAAAUCAUAGAGGAUGCAACAAGGGACCAAUUACACGGGCAAAAUGAAGAUUGACAACCAGACUGACCAGAGCGCAAAGAAGGUGGAAAUCUGACCUGAAAAUUUGGCUGAAUAAUUCCAAUAGUCGUGACAUCUCUCGCUGCUGUCCUGUGUCCUCUGAUUCGGUUCCCAAAUCUUGGUAAUAGGGAUGCUCUAUUGCUUGGUCUAGUAGUAGGGUUUUCUUCACUGAAUCAUAAGCAAUGCACCGCGAUUAUUAUUGGUUAUUAUAAAUCAUAGAUCUAUGCCUUGGUUUAUUCUGAUACCUUCGAAUAUAUCGAUUUUCUAUUCACAACCACUUCACAUGGUUGCCGCGAUGAUGAGUAAACUGUUAAACUGCUUCUCGUUUGCUAUUUCAAAUGUUUGUCGACACUUUUCCUUUCCAAUACACGACUUUUGUGAGAGGAUA